GCUGUACCAUGCAACAAGCAGUUCUGAAGGUGUAUACUGUUUUUUAAAACAUAAUGUCUUUCUUUGGUUCCCUGUAUAACCUGCACUGCACAUAAAAAGCUCAUGAUUACAGUAACCUAUAACCAGAGUUGGAUUAGGGUAAUAGAAUUGACAAUUUUGCAUCAACGUGUUGUGCCAUUUGUAUAAUAACAUCUUUAUUGUAAUACUGUAAUAAAGGACAGUCUGCAUCAACACCUUUUUCCCCAUGAAACCUUGUUAUUAUGCAACAGGAUGAGCACAAAAAAAACAACAACCAAAAAACCGCCUCCUUACAUUGCAAACUUUCUAGGGCAGAGCUCAGUUGCAGACAUUGCAGAGCAACAGCCACAAGCACCAUGAAAAACUUUAUCUUGAUGACAGCUUUAAGUCUCUGCAGCUUUGGCCAGAUAUUUAUCUCGUAUUCUGAGUCUCACACUGUGGAGGUUCAGCCUGGUGAAAAUGUGACACUGCUGAGUAAAAACAUCUCCAAAUAUGAAGCUGUGACAUUCUGGUUCAGACUGGUCGACAGAAAUGAGGCCAACUGUAUCUCUGUUAUGAUCAACUUUAACAAAGUGGAAUACUGCAAAACGUUUCAAAGUGGAAGAUUUCAAAUGGGAACCAACGUCUCCAGUGUCUUUCUCAACAUCCAAAAAGUGGAUUUAUCGGACUCUGGACUGUAUUUGUGUGGAUUUUACAUAAAGGGACGUCCAAGUUUCACUGUAGUACAUCUAAAUGUUAAAGGCAGCAAUGAGCCACAUGAUGACAUGGAGAGCAAGAGUAUAAACGAGUCUGCAGGAGCAAAGCUGACGAGUGUGAUCCUGGGGAGUCUGAUUGUUUUCCUUCUGAUGGUCAUCAUUGGUCUGGUUGUUAAAAUCCUGAAACUUCAGACAGCUCAUAGAGAAGGACAGAGUCCAGAGCAAAGAGAGAAUCUGGGCUCUGCAGCGGUGAAGUUUCUUCCAAAGACAGUUAGAAACAGAAGACCUGCUUCAGAGAGACAAGAGGAGACUUGUGUGAUUUAUCAGAAGUCAGAAGUACUUGAUUAAUCCCCAUAGGGAAAUUGUUUUUGUUACCGCAGCUCCCAAACGCGAGUCCAUCUGUACCCCCACAACAUCACUGGCCCUACGGACAAGUCUGUUCAACCUGUUGGCUUCAGCUACCUUCAAACCACUGCCCCAGCACGCAACGGCAAAGAAGAUAGCACUGGCCAACACCGACUCAUAGAACAUCCUCAGCAUCGUCCCACAGAUGUUAAAAUGCUGCCACCAAAUAAACUCAGGAGGCAACUGGAACUGCAACUUCAACUGGAAAUGAUACUUUAUAAUUUUAAUCUGUUGCCAGGCACCACCCACAUGUAAACAUUUAAAUAUGUGUUUAUUUCAAUAAAGUUCCUGUAUUGAGUCUA